GUACGUGCCGCGGGCUCUGGUCGCGGUGGUGGACGGUAACAAGAGCUGCGGACCCCGCUGCCAGGCACCUCCCUGGACCUUUAGGCUACAUUGGAGAACCAGGACCGACCCACUCUGGUUCUGGGAGGAGAGUUAAGCUGCAGCUGCCUCUGUCCUCGCUGUUUAGCUGUUUAAAGUGAAGCUGAAAGACGGAAGAAGACCGAGGUGACUGGCCAUACUGUCACAGUCCGUCGAGAUAAAGUCAUUAAAGGUGUGUCUGCAAGCGCUUUAUAAGUCAACACAACAGCAGACAUCAUGGAGGAUGACCUGAUGUUCAGCAUGGAGGAGGAGGAGGGCAGCGCCAAGAGACCCCCUGUCCAGCGAAGUGCCCCCAAUCCACGAACCUCUUCCCUGAGUGAUGCCAGCGACGACGAAGACGAGCACUUCAUCUGUCCCAUCCUGGACGACUCUGCCAGAGAAGUCUGUCACUACCUGAAGAAUCUGGUUUACGCCCGACAGCUGUCAAACUCUCUUCCCAAGACCAACUUUGCGUUUAAGAAUGAAACAGAAACUGAGGCAGAAUCUCGCUCGUACAAGGUUUUGUCUGAGAGCGCACGGAACGCGUGGAAAAAUGCGAUCGAAAAGGCCAAAGCUAUGCCUGACCCCUGGGCAGAGUUUCAUCUGGAGGACAUCAAGACUGAACCCUGCAUUCGUUACAGGUACAACGCCGUCACAGGAGAGUGGGCUCAAGACCAGGUCCACCUUAAGAUGGCUGCCCAGCCAUUUGGGAAAGGGGCCAUGAGAGAGUGCUUCAGGACGAAGAAGUUAUCGAAUUUUUCACACAGCAGCAACUGGAAGUCAGCAUCCAAUUAUGUGGCCAAGAGUUACAUGGAGACGGUGGACAGGAACGUUUACUUUGAGGACGUCAGGCUUCAAAUGGAGGCCAAACUGUGGGGAGAGGAGUACAGCCGCCACCGCCCUCCCAAACAGGUGGACAUCAUGCAAAUGUGUGUGGUGGAGAUGACAGAGAGACCCGGUAAACCUCUCUUCCACCUGGAGCAUUACAUUGAGGGCAAGUACAUCAAAUACAACUCCAACUCCGGCUUUGUGAGGGACGACAACAUCCGGCUCACUCCACAGGCAUUCAGUCACUUCACCUUUGAGCGAUCGGGCCACCAGCUCAUCGUGGUGGACAUCCAAGGAGUCGGAGAUCUGUACACCGACCCACAGAUCCACACGGAGAAGGGGACUGACUUUGGGGACGGAAAUCUAGGUGUGCGAGGCAUGGCGCUGUUCUUCCACUCCCACCUGUGUAACAAGAUCUGCAAGAGCAUGGGCCUGACGCCUUUUGACCUUUCCCCCGCAGAGAGAUCCCAGCUGGACUGCACCAACAAACUGCUUAAGUCAGCCCAGACGGUGCUGAGAGGCUGCGAGGAGAUCUGCGGUUCUCCUCGUGUUCGCACCAUGUCAACAGGCCGCGCACCUCCGCUGUUAUCCCGCCUGUCCGAGACAUCAUCAGCGGACGACAGCAUGAGCGACAUGGACUCAGUCCCCUGCUCCCCUCUCCUCCUCCCCUGCUCCCCAGUAGUUACACAUGGAUUUAUGGCCAGGUCCCCCAUCGGCAUGAAUGAACAUGACAGGCACAAUAACAACACAGGUGAACACAAGGAAUCUGAUAGCGGCGGGGACAGCGGCUACCCCAGCGAGAGGAGGAGCGAAGGCGACCCAAACGAUCAUGUAGACGGGAGGAAGAUGGUAGCUCCUCCAAGAGUCUCUGCAAACUUAAAUUUACACAGUCCUGACAACGAAGGGCUGACGGAGGAGAAGUGGAGCUUCUACCAUUCGUCUCGCGCUCACAUCCACCGAUCUUCCUGUGUGGCCACUGAGGUGGAGCGCCUCGGCAAUCUGCUGCAGAAGAAGAUCGGCCAGUCAAUCCUCGGAAAGGUCCACUUGGCCAUGGUGCGGUACCACGAAGCGGGUCGUUUCUGCGAGAAGGACGAGCAGUGGGAUCAGGACUCGGCCAUGCUCCACUUGGAGAGAGCUGCACUGUGCGGAGAGCUGGAAGCCAUCAUAGCCUUGGGACAGUGCUGUCUGCAGCUGCCUCAUCACAUACUGCCAGAGAUGGAGCUGGAGGAUAAUGCAGGAAACCGGAUGAAAGGCUUUAAGUAUCUGCUGCAGGCUGCAGAGGCUGGUGACAGAUCUUCUAUGAUCAUAGUGGCCAGAGCUUUUGAUUCUGGGAUGAAUCUGUCAGCUGACAGAAAGCAGGACUGGGAGGAAGCCAUUCACUGGUACGACACAGCGUUGAACAUGACAGACUAUGACGAGGGAGGGGAGUUUGAUGGGACGCAGGACGAGCCUCGCUACCUGCUGCUGGCCAGAGAGGCGGAGAUGUACCAAGUGGGAGGCUUCAACCUAACUGCAGACCCACAGAGAGCAGGUGAUCUGUUUACAGAAGCAGCAGAAGCUGCCAUGGAGGCCAUGAAAGGUCGUUUGGCCAACCAGUACUACAUGAAAGCCGAAGAGGCAUGGGCGCUCAUGGAGGAGUAACUCUGGACGUGCAUUUUUAUCACAAAAAGGCCACGAAAGGCUGAUUUUUACACAUUCAGGAUACAACCUGAAUGGUUACCGUUUACAUUUUUAUAUUAUGGAAUUUUUUGCCAGUUGUGCUCUCUGUGGGUGUGUGUUCAGCCUUCUAGGAUCAAAUUUAAUGUCCAGGUUUUUUUGUUCUUCUUUUCCUGUUUCUGAAGCUUGUCAUCCUGAGUCGUCUUGUCUUUAAUUUCCUGUCUCUGAUUACAUUUUAAGGCUAAGGUGAAUGAUAUUGUUGCAUGAAAGAGGGUCUGAAGAAUCAAAACAAAAAAAAAGUUUACUUAAUUUUGCCCUAAAGUUGGAAAUAUUAAUGUAAAAAUACUUCACAAACUGUAAAAUAAAGUUUGCAUUGCUAUUUA